ACACAACAACGGUCAUCUGGCCGUGACCAAUGUAGACGCCGCUGCGGUCACCUAAUACAAAUAAAAUGGCUUGAUACCACUCCUUUAAACUUCUGUUGACCAUUUCAGAGGAAAAGAUGCAUACAAAAGUGUUUGUUUUCGGCCUGAUCUGCCUAAUGCAAGUGUGCGGGCCAGUUUUGGCCGAAACACUCGCCCCCGAACCAGCGGACUCUCCUGGAAUGCUGCAGAUGCUGGCCAAGAAGGCCAGGGAAGCACAAGAAAAAGUCAAUGAAUUGGUUGGAGGGGUACUCAUGUUGGCUAGCAUGUACCAUGACGAAUACAUCCAGCCGCUGACCAGCAGCUACGCCCAAUGGGCGUCUGAUGUCAAAAGCUCUGCGUGGGAGAAGAUCCAGACCACCCUUGACGAAUACAUGAUGAUUAAAGCAACUAAUGCCACUGAUCAAAACUAAAGAAAAGCUGAAAAUAAAGUAACACUCUUGUCA